UGAUCUGUCAGUCUGAAUGUCCUGACAGACACACACUGACAACUCUCAUUGAAUCAGAAUGGAAACAGGAAAAGAAGAACACAGAGACGAGAGUCUGUGCUGUACGGAUACACGAAGACAGUGACAGAGGAUUUGAUUUUCCUAGACACCUGCGGGUUUCUGACAAGCUAGUUCUUGGUGACUUAUUUCGCUCAUGGAUUUAUUCUUUUCCCUAACACUUUCUAACUGAAAAAACUUCUUCUGGAUUACGUUUGCAACAUUUUGAAUUCAACUCUCAAAGACUUUUAGUUUCAGAUUUGUAUCUAUUUAUGUUCAUUGCAGCUUAAAAUCUGUGAUCAGAGUCCAUUUCAGCAUCACUAUUUGACUUUUACUACCUUUUUUAAUAUUGUAUUUCUUUGUAUCAUAAAAGUACACUUAGAUAUACUGUCAGAAGAAGUCCAGGGUAGUGUUCAGUGAUAAUUAGCUGUUGAAAAGCUGUAAUGUCGUUGGAUUUUGAGCUACAGUGACAGCAGAGAGAUCUGAUCCGACACCUGACACACUGCUGGAGCAACAUGCCCUCUUGCUGCAGCGCAUAGACGGGGUCACACAGUGUUGAACGUUCAAAACAAAGCGGCGAAACCGUGCCGCGCCACACUGAUUGCGCCGCAUAAGCGCAUAGGUGCGCCACAUUUUCGACUCAGUUGAAGCACCCUCCGCAAGAUGAGGCCCCCUCCGCAAGUUGUAACCAUGGCGUCCCGGAUGAAGCAGCCCCAAGGACGGGGCAUAUCCUCUAUAUUUUCUUGCUGCUUUAAAGGUAGUGAAAAACCAGAGAUCACCUACUGUCAUGACAACCCCAACAAUGCUGCUGUACUGGAGCCCACCCUGCCAAUGCCCCCCCUUCCAGAGCUGGACUCUCUAUUCACUGAGCUGGUGGAUGAACUGGACCUCACAGCUGAAAACAGAGCCGCCAUGUUUUCUUUGCCAGCAGAGAAGAAAUGGCAGAUCUACUGUGGCAAGAAACUGGAGGCAGAGGAGAACGCCUCAACCAGAUGGCCAGAGUAUUAUAUUGACCAGCUCAGGUCCCUGGCUGCUAGGAAGACUCUGCUGGAGGAUGAGGAAGAGCAGGGAAAACAUAAAAUCGCUGAUGGUCUGAAGACGGCACUGAGGACACAGCCAAUGAGGUUCGUGACGCGGUUCAUUGAGUUGGACGGCCUGUCUUGUAUCCUGAAUUUCCUCAAGUCGAUGGACUAUGAGACCACCAACUCUCAGAUCCACACCUCCCUGAUCGGCUGCAUCAAAGCUCUGAUGAACAACUCUCAGGGCAGGGCUCAUGUGCUCGGUCACUGUGAGAGCAUCAACAUCAUCGCACAGAGUCUCACUACUGAAAGCAUCAAAACCAAGGUUGCGGUGUUAGAGAUCCUUGGUGCAGUAUGUUUGGUGCCAGGAGGCCAUAAGAAAGUUCUAGAAGCCAUGCUGCACUACCAGACAUUUGCCUCGGAGAGAACACGCUUUCAGACCUUGCUGAACGACUUAGAUAGAUCCACAGGCCGCUACAGAGAUGAAGUGAACCUGAAGACGGCCAUCAUGUCCUUCAUCAACGCUGUGCUCAGUCAGGGAGCAGGAGAGACCAGUCUGGAGUUCCGCAUCCACUUGCGUUAUGAGUUCCUGAUGUUGGGCAUUCAGCCGAUCAUUGACAAACUGCACUCCAAUGACAACGCCAUCCUGAACAGACAUUUAGACUUCUUUGAGAUGUUGAGGAAUGAAGACGAGCUUCUGAUGUCCAAACAGUUUGAUGCUGUCCAUAUAGAAACUAAAAGUGCCAGCCAGAUGUUUGAGGUGAUCAAGAGACAUCUGAGCCACACUGAAGCGUACCCUCACCUGCUGUCUGCACUGCAGCACUGUCUCAUGAUGCCCUACAAGCAGAGCAGCACCACGCUCCAGUACUGGGUGCUGUUGGAUCGGAUAGUCCAGCAGCUGGUUCUGCAGACGGACAAAGGAGAAAACCCUGAUGUCGCUCCACUGGAGGACUUCAACGUGAGAAACAUUGUAAGCAUGCUCAUCAAAGAGAGUGAGGUCAAACAAUGGAAAGAACAAGCUGAUAAAAUGAGAAAAGAGCAUCAGAACCUUCAGCAGCGCUUUGAAAAGAGAGAGCGGGAGGUUGAGGCCAAGAAUAAGGAGAAAGACGACAUGAUGGUGAUGCUGAACAAGCUGAAAGACAAACUGGAGCGGGAGAGCAACGAGCACAAGCAAGCUCGACAACAAGUGGGAGACCUGUCUGCCCGGCUGCAGCAGCUCAGCUCUACCUCCAGUGUGCCAGGAGGACCCCCCGUGGCGUAUGCUGGUUCAGUUCCUCCGGCCCUGCCUUUUGCUCCACCUCCCCCCCCUCCACCUCCUCCUCCAGGAGGCCCACCAGGUUUUGGCAUGGCUCCGUCUGCCCCACCUCCUCCACCAGGAGCUCCACUAGGAACAGCCCAGAGGAAGAAUAUUCCUCGGCCAUCCAACCCCCUGAAGUCCUUCAACUGGAGCAAACUGCCUGAGAGCCAGAUAGAAGGAACCAUAUGGAAAGAGAUGGAUGAUCUCAAGGUGUUUAAAGUUCUGGAUCUAGAAGAGUUCCAGAAGACCUUCUCAGCCUACCAGAAACCUCAAGUAUUACAUAAGGAUCAUGAGGAGGACCAGUCCUUUGUGAGGAAAGUGAAGGAGCUGUCAGUAAUCGACGGUCGACGAGCUCAGAACUGUAACAUUCUGCUCUUACGACUGAAGCUGACCAAUGAGGAGAUCCGACAUGCUGUCCUAUCCAUGGACGAACAGGAAGACCUACCUAAGGACAUGCUGGAGCAGCUCCUGAAGUUCGUCCCUGAGAAGAGUGACAUUGAGCUGUUAGAAGAACACAAGCAUGAGCUGGAUCGUAUGGCCAAAGCAGACCGCUUCCUGUAUGACAUGAGCAGCAUCAACCACUAUCAACAGAGACUGCAGUCCCUCUACUUCAAGAAGAAGUUUGCUGAAAGAGUGGCUGAGAUCAAACCUAAAAUCAAAGCUCUGAGCAUAGCGUCCCAGGAGGUGGUGCAGAGCGGGGCGCUGCUUCAGCUCCUGGAGGUGGUGCUGGCCUUUGGAAACUACAUGAACAAAGGACAACGAGGAAACGCCUGGGGAUUCAAAGUGUCCAGUCUCAACAAGAUAGCCGACACCAAGUCCAGUAUUGACAAAAACGUCACUCUGCUUCACUACAUGAUCACUGUGCUGGAGAGGAAAUACCCGAAGAUGGCAGCUUUCAGUGAAGAGCUUCAGACUGUGCCAGAAGCUGCUAAGGUCAACAUGACAGAGUUGGAGAAGGACAUUGGCAAGCUGAGAUCUGGCCUGAAAAAUGUUGAGGCGGAGCUGCAGUACCAGCAGGGCCGCUCCCCUCAGGGUCCUCAGGACAGGUUUGUCCCUAUGGUCAGUCAGUUCAUCACUGUGGCCUCCUUCAGCUUCUCUGACGUGGAGGACUCACUCAGUGAGGCCAAACAAGUGUUUGGAAAGGCGCUGGUACGUUUUGGAGAAGACACGUCCAACAUGCAGCCAGAUCAGUUCUUUGGGAUCUUCAACACUUUCCUCACAGCUUACUCAGAGGCCCAGCAGGACAACGAGAACAUGGCGAGACGCAAGGAGGAGGAGGAGAGACGGGAACUCUUGGAGGCACAGCUGAAGAGAGACAGGGAGCAGAAGGGCAGGAAGGCCAGAGCCAACGCAGAAGAGGAGAGCGGUGAGUUCGAUGACCUGGUGUCCGCGCUGCGCUCUGGAGAAGUGUUCGAUCGGGAUAUGUCCAAAAUGAACCGCAGGAAGCAGCGGACACAGAACGUGUUGGAGAGCAGCCGGGAGAGAGUAGUGACAAGACUAAACCAGUGACCAACUUCAUCUUUAAAGCUGUCAGGAAGUACACAAACAUACUGAAACACUGCUGUCUAUGGAACAUAAUCAAUGUAUGUAAAUGUAGGCUUUUUUAAAUAGUAUUGGGCUACUUUUCCAAUUUCCAGAAUCAGGAGUCCUUUAUUCCUCCUGAAGUGGGGAAGUGUACACUGUUAGAGCAAAGGGGACAAUGCAAAGGCAAACAUAUACUUUCAUAUUAAACAAAAAAGCAAGCACAUGUUAAUACAAUCAUAUCAAUAAGAACACAUCCAUGUUAAAAACAUUGUAGCAGAAUUAUAAAAAAGUUAUUCAACACAUAAACAUGAUGAGGUAGCAACGAGUAAAAGCAUUAAUAAAUUGUAAAAAGUGUAUAUUGCACAUGGCACAGUUAUCUCUACAUUUUGAGUGUUUUUAUGUUAUAUUCAAAAGAGAAAGAGAAUAGUAAGAUAUUUAAGUUGUAUUAUACCCCUUGUAUAUUUGCCCAAGUUUGCACACAUCUGCUUUAUUUGUGAAUUAGAAUUGGGAGGGAUGAAACCCUCUUUAAUGAUCACACAUGCAGAGCACACAGCACACACAGUGAAAUGUGUUCUCUGCAUUUAACCCAUCCUACCAGGAGUCUAGUAGUAGGAGCAGUGGGCAGCUAUUGUACAGCGCCCGGGGAGCAAUGGGAGUGCCUUGCUCAAGGGCACCACGGCAGGGCAGGAGGUGAACUGGGACCCUUCGGCUCACAGUCCAAGCCCCUACUGACUGAGCCACUGCCGGAGUUCCAUUAGUAAUGCAAAUUAACGGAGGAGGCUGUGGCUCAGUGGAGAGUGUGCUGGACUUCAAAUCAGGGGGUAGCAAGUUCGAGUCCCACUGCAGUCAGCAUGUCGUUGUGUCCCUGGGCAAGACACUUCACCCCAAAUUGCUCCUGUGGGGAUUGUCCACAGUACUGAAUGUAUGUAAGUCGCUUUGGAUAAAAGCGUCUAACAAAUGACAUGUAAUAAUAAUAAUAAUAAUAACAUGUAAUAAUAAUCUGUUCUUAAUAUAAGAUUUUAAACUGUUAUCAUUUAA